AUGUCGAUGUGGCUCUCAGAUUCCCAGAAGAUUGGAGUGGUGUUUUGCUCCGGAGGUGGCUUCUUCCUCAUUGGAGGUGUGAUGCUAUUCUUCGACCGAGCUAUGUUGGCUAUGGGAAAUAUCCUUUUCCUCAUCGGCCUGACGAUCAUAAUCGGCCCCCAGAAGACCCUCCUCUUCUUCGCUCGGAAACAAAAGGCAAAAGGCACAGCAGCCUUCUUCGGCGGCCUACUACUCAUCCUUCUCCGGUGGACGUUCAUCGGGUUCCUAGUCGAGGCAUACGGCAUAGCCAUUCUCUUUGGCGACUUCCUGGGAACAAUCGCCAGCUUCGCGCGGGGCUUGCCAGUCGUGGGACCCUAUAUCGGCAGAGCUGUCGACAGCGCAGGCCUUGGACGACGAAACGCGGAGCUACCAGUUUGA